AUGCCAUUGGAACAUCAAGGGUCAUGCGGGUUUCUCCGCUGCCCAGCCGAGAUCCUGGACUUAGUGUUUGAACUGCUUUCAACAGCUGAACUCAGGGCACUAAGCCUCGUCAAUAAGGACUUAUGUGCACUUGUUGAGCCAUACGUCUAUUCCAAAAUCGACUGGACCUGGCGAGAAAAUCACGCUCCUCCCCAAUCACACCACUCUGCUCGCAUCACCAAUUUUCAAUUUCAGAGUCUUCCAGCCUACCGCAAGGAGUGGGUUAUGUUUGCAGCUCAAGGAAUUCCUGUUCCCGUUGCUGAACUAGCCGAAUUCAUUGCAUUCGUCCAAAGGACAGGGGUUCCAUACUGUGACGUUUGGACACAGGGAUUAAGCAAGGGUGCCCCAGAUGCUAUUCUUGCUCUACUAUUAGCACAGCUUUCAAAUCUGAGGUGUCUGUCCCUCGACUAUAUCGUCUGCCAACAGAGUAGAAUAAUCCAGAUGCUUCUCCGAUCGGCCAUCUGCGAGCCUGCGAUGUAUAGGUUGCCAGACUUCAAGCAUCUCCUUGAUGUGUCUUUCCAUUCCCACAACGAUUACGGCGCUCCAUCCACGGUGCUAAGGUCUCGAAGUCAAAGUCCAUUGGGUCAAGCACUCGUCCUACCGUUCUUUUACCUGCCGAACAUCCAACACAUCUCAGCUGCAGUUGAGAACACAGAUACUUUCGCAUGGUCUGCAGCCUGUUUGCCUGACCCAUGCCAACUUACCUCGAUCUACCUGGCCGACAUACGGGAAGCAAACCUCGGCUCUCUGCUGUCCGUCACCCGCAACCUUCAAUCCGCUUCGUUGGACCUGGCUUCCCUAGGAGGUGGUGAUCAAUUCUACCCAGCCGUGAAGAUGGAGGGCUCUUUGCGUACGAUGUUCGAGUUUGAGAAGCUUAAGAGACUUCAAAUUCCGCUGGCAUUCCUGGUAGGGUUUGCGCAAGACACCACGAAGCGGUUACAGGAUGUCCUCCCGCGGAAUCUCGAAUACCUUUCCCUCACAGACGAAUUAGCUUUUCAGAAUAACGAUGGCGUUUCGCUGAUCUAUGAAGAACUGGAUACAAAUUUAGGGGAGUGGCCUCCCGACUUAAGGCAUCAGCUCACGGAGCUAGGCACUCAAGCUGGAGUACAGCUCGAGUUGGUUGAGUGGAAACGGGAUUGGUAAAUUGAUAGACAUGCUCAG